UUAAUUCAGUUUUUUAGCAAAAUGAAGAAGUGGAUGGACAUGUCAAAUCUACCACAGGAAUUCCGAGAGCGAGUAGAGAGGCUGGAGAGGAAUUUUGAAGUGUCUACUGUGAUUUUCAAAAAGUUUGAACCAAUAUUUUUGGAUAUAUUUCAAAACCCUUAUGAAGAAACUUCUAAACCACAGCGAAGCAGGAAACAGAGGCGGGUGCCGUGCGGUGUUAAAGAUCUCUUCAACUUCUGCUGGACGCUCUUUGUGUACACGAAGGGUAAUUUCCGUAUGAUUGGAGAUGAUUUAGUAAAUUCCUAUCAUUUGCUUCUGUGCUGCUUGGACCUGAUUUUUGCAAAUGCCCUUUUGUGUCCAAAUAGAAGAGAUUUGUUAAAUCCAUCGUUUAAAGGCUUACCAGCAGACUUCCACGCAACAGAGAUCAAAGCCCCCGAAGAUCCUCCUUGCAUCAUUGCCACUCUGUGUGAGCUGCAUGAUGGGCUUUUAGUAGAAGCAAAAGGAAUAAAGGAACACUACUUUAAACCAUACAUUUCAAAACUAUUUGAUAGGAAGAUCUUAAAAGGAGAAUGUCUGUUGGAUCUUUGCAAUUUUACAGAAAAUAACAAAGCACUGAAUAAAGAGUACGAAGAGUACGUUCUGACGGUGGGAGACUUCGACGAGAGGGUUUUCCUUGGAGCUGAUGCUGAAGAAGAGAUUGGCACUCCUCGGAAAUUUCCUGCGGACGUGCCUGUGGGGAAAACAGCAGCAAGAGCUCACGUGGAGUGUCAUCUUCAGCAGCAUUUUGAAAAGAAAAGGUCAUUUGCACCUUCAACUCCACUGACUGGAAGAAGAUACCUACACGAAAAGGAAGCUGUCAUCACUCCUGUUGCUUCAGCAACACAAAGCGUGAGCCGGUUGCAGAACAUUGUGGCUGGAUUGAAGAAUGCACCCAGUGAACAGCUUAUCGCUAUUUUUGAAUCUUGUGCACGCAGCCCUACAGAAAGCAUUAUGAGCAGAGUGAAAGAAAUCGGUGAGAUGUUCUGUCGCAGCUACACUCAGUCAACAGACAAGCAGCCAGGAUCUCAUAUCGAUUUUGCUGUAAACAGAUUAAAACUGGCAGAGAUCUUGUACUAUAAAAUCUUGGAGAAUAUAAUGGUGCAAGAAACACGAAGACUACAUGGGAAGGAUCUGACUGCUCUCUUGGAACAAGAUGUCUUUCACCGCUCUCUCAUGGCAUGCUGCUUGGAGAUCGUGCUUUUCGCAUAUAGCUCCCCUCGUACCUUUCCCUGGAUCAUUGAAGUUCUUGACCUCAGGCCAUUCUAUUUUUAUAAGGUCAUUGAAGUACUGAUUCGAUCUGAGGAGGGACUUUCCAGAGACAUGGUGAAGCACCUCAACAGCAUUGAGGAACAAAUUCUUGAGAGUCUCGCCUGGACUCGGGAUUCGGCGCUGUGGAGUGCCCUCCAGGCCUCAGAAAACAAGGUCCCAACCUGUGAAGAAGUAAUAUUUCCCAGUAAUUUUGAAGGAAGCAAUGGAGGAAGUGGGCUUGGGCACUUGCCUAUGAUGCCAAUAUCUCCUAUAAUUCAUCCUCGAGUAAAGGAGGUUCGGACAGAUCUUGGUGGGAGUUUAAGACGAGACAUGCAGCUGCUGUCACCAAUCUCUGUUCAUGAGCGCUACAGUUCUCCUACAGCUGGAAGUGCUAAGAGAAGGCUCUUCGGAGAUGACAGUCCCAAAGAAAUGCAGAUGGAAAAAAUUUUAACUGAAGGAACUAAGUUGACAAUUUCUCCAGCAUCAAGCAUUGCUGCUGAAAAUGUAUCUGUUUCUCCUGGCCAGACAGUACUGACCAUGACAACAGCUACAGUACCAGGAAAAACAGGACAGAAGGUUACUAUCCCACUGCACG